CGUGCAACCAGCGCAGAGGUAUGGGAUGGGUAUGGGAUGGGUAUGGGAUGGGCAUGGGAUGGACAUGGGAUAGGUAUGGGAUAGGUAUCUAUGCAUCCAGGGAGGCCGCUUCGCCCAAUGCAGGGAUGCGGUGAGUCCGCCAUCUUGAUGAAUCUACUCGCAAUAUAAAUUGGAUAAAGACUCCCGUCUGCAGUCUUAGACAGCAACAACCACAACUCCCUCUCCUCCUCCCUACCUACCUACCUACCUAGGUAACAAUACACGCGCGCAAAGGCUGGACCGCAGAUCGCACAAUCAAAUCCAAAAUCAAAGUCACCAUGUUUAAAACAUUCGUUCCUUACUUCCUACAAUGGGUGCUAGCCACCGCCUUGGUUGCCGACGCGGCUGGCCCGCUUAGAUCACUUAGACACACUCCCGGUUACCCUCCUAUCAAGCCCAGAUGCGCAAACGAGACCAUCCCCAAGAACUUUGCCGUGGUAACGUUUCGAGCCAUGCUCCUGCAGGACAUGGUUGGCGUGAUAGACCCUCUCCAAGUGCUGGCGCUUGAGAACCCAAUGAACUUGUAUAUUCUCGCCGAGACCAUGGAUCCCGUUACCCCCGAGCCGGCGAUGGCUUCAAUGAACAAAUUCAAUUCGUCCUUCUUUCCCACAAUCAACCCGACGCAUACCUUCGAUAAUGCGCCCGAUGAUAUUGAAGUGUUGAUUGUCCCAGGUGGCCCUGGAGUGCGCGCCCCGAAUGUCACCCACAUCACCGAUUUCAUCCGGGACAGAUACCCAAAGCUGAAGUACCUCCUGACGGUGUGCACCGGAGCCGGCUUAGCCGCGAAAUCUGGUGUGCUCGAUGGUAGAAAGGCGACUACAAAUAAGGGAUCUUGGGCUACCAUUACAUCCUAUGGCCCGAAUACGACAUGGGUGAGCCCUGCGCGCUGGGUCGUUGAUGGGAACAUUUGGAGUUCUUCUGGCGUUACUGCGGGAAUGGAUCUUACCUUUGCUUGGAUCAAGCAUAUUUGGGGCCAGGAAGCGGUUGAUUUGGUAACGGGACGCGAGGAGUAUGUGCCAAACCCUCAGACCUUUGACCCAUUCGCGACUAGAUUUAACAUCACACCUACGGGUUCUAUAUGAUACCCUUUCCCUUGCACUUGGAUUGAACCACCAGAGCGUAACAGCAUUUAAGCGGGCGUUUGUCUAUAGAAGGGUUAUAUUACUAUCUGGUUACUACUUAGAUGUCUUUUAGCUACAUAAGCUACAGCUCCCCUUUUCUCACGCUGGAUUCGUGGGACUAGGGUUACUUCAAUAUACAUAUUCAAAGUUUUGGCA